AUGUCCCCAAAUGGAACUGUUGGGAGCGAAUACGAGAAGAUCUAUAACCUAGCGGGAACGUCUAACUGGCAGGCCUCGGUCUCCAACUGGUAUGGCGCUCUUACGGUGUUGAGCCGCCACGACGAACGCCUCAGCUUUCUAUCCAGGCUAUCCACUGCGCAAGCUGGAUCACUUCGUUUGCUUGAAGAAUGGUGGUAUUUGUACGACGAAAGCACUCGGUCUGCUAUUGUUUCGUACGACAACUUUCCCCUCUUUAAAAGACUGGAUCCAGCUGCUGCCGAUUAUCGCUACAAUAAGCUGCUAUACACCUUAUGGGUUUGGGAGUUCACCACUGUCUAUCGCAAUGCGAAGCCGGACCUGGUCGAAAGCAGAAGGACGAAUCUUAGAUACGUCCGACAAACUGCAGCCGAGGCUGCUGCGGUGCAUCGAACGGCCUUGGCAGCCUACGCAUAUGUCAAAUACGGCGCAGCUCCAUCUACCAGCUCGGAUUCCUCCAAGAUCCAUCCCUGGGUAAAAGCUCGGCUGGAGGCUCACAUCUCCGCACGCAUAGCUCCCUUUCCGUUCUUAGGAAAGACCCGCCCCGAGAAACAAUACCCAUACUACCUCUGGGACAAAAGAGAAGGACGCACCGUACAUUUCGACGCCAAUGACGAGUUUCCGCCUUACACCGUCAUCAGUCAUACUUGGGGCCGUUUUAGAAUCCCUGGCAAGGAAGUCGAGUUGCCAGACCGUGUGCCAUGGCCGCUGCCGUGCCUGGAUCCCGCUUAUCUCUUCGACGUCCAAGACCUGCCAGACAUAUUGUCACGAUUUCCAAUUCCUACUCGAUACAUCUGGUUUGAUCUCGUUUGCAUUCCUCAAGAUGGCCGGCCACUUCAAGCUAUCGAAAUAGGACGGCAAGCAGGCAUCUUCAUGGCGGCGAAGUUCGCAGUCGUCUGGCUUAAUCAGAUUCGAGGAUGGGAUGGUCUUCGCUCGGCCGUGGCUUGGGCCGCGCUGGAGUACCUGAGCCAAGAUCGAGGGGAUAGGUACGGAAUCGCAACGGAGCUACCACGCAUCAGAGAUGCUGCAUCUCAGCCAUCCGGUCUCGCGAUACCGGCACGAGCGGAGGACGAGGGCACUCCGGAAUGUCCGUGGUUGUUUCAGGACCAGGACGAUAAAACCGUAACACCGGACCGGUGGUUUACGUCACUUUGGACCUUGCAAGAAGCAUGUCUGCGACCGGACAUGGUGCUGUGCGAUCGGGACUGGACCAUGUUCACGAUAGGCGGAGAAGACCAAGUGCCGAUCCUGUUGGACCAUUUGGUCGCACUUUUCGAAAGAUACGGCACCCCGAGGCACGUGCCCGCGGCUGUACACGAGAUCAAGGUCCUCUUAAGCUCGAGCAGUCUGUGGACGCUUGUCGAACUGUUCCCACUUGACAUUCUCACCCAUGGUGAGAUGAGAUAUUGCGCCGAUACAAACCGAGCCGUGGCGAUCAUGUCGGCCCUCGGAGUCACAGAUUGGUAUACGCGCCGUUCAUCAGUCCACGUAGAGCAAGAUCCCAAGGAUCUGGUGCUUGGGAAGUAUCCAUUAUCUUUCCUCCGGGAGUGCCACAGCCGGUUCGGGGCUGCGUUCUUCGCGUAUAUUGAUGUAGCGGUUCUCCAGGAAGUCUUCUACGAGGCUCUAUCACUGGACAAAAGCGUGAUAGAUGACCUGAAAGGAUCGAUGAUGCCAUUUUCAACCGGUUUUCAGCAUCCCAAAUACCUGCACGACAACUGCAAGUUCAUGCAUGCCGAAGAUCACCCCGCUGGAUUAUUGCAUCAUGUUCGAAUACCGACGUGGAUGGGUGCGAUCGCCAUCGGCCGAAGAUUGAAGUCGAUAUAA